AUGGCUCCUCAACGCAUGUUAGUGCAGAAAGCAGAAUUUCACAGAGCCUUGAAUCCAAAAUCCGGGGGGAUCCUUCGGUCGAAUUCAGAAGUUGAGUUUAGAGAACGGACAGCGCGAGUGGUUGUGGUGGAUCCUCCAGGUUUGCAGACACCCGAAGCUGGUGGUCGAAUGUCUGGCGGGAGUUUUGAAGAUCUUCUCUACAAUUAUACCAACGAGUGCCUUUUGCAACUUUAUCGAGACUGUCAGUCGCACAGUGAUGAAAGUGGGAAUAUUCGUUGCGAGAAUCCUGACUUUGUUGACUUCCUUGAUAGUCCACCAGAAAGUCCAUUAUCUUCCCAGCGUCGUGUUUCCUGCGCCAGUCGUCCUUCCCUCUCUCGAAACUGCGAUUCUCCAUUCCGAUCCGUUAGCACUACCUUUUCCCAAUCCGACGAGGAUUCCUCAGUGACCUGGACGGUGGACAAGAAUGGGAGCGUUGAAUCUGCUGCUGAAGCUGGCCUUCUUUGGCUUCUUGACUACGCCUGCUGCACUGGGGAUAUGAAAACCUUCCUUCGCCUCAUUGCCCAUAAAUAUGUCAAUCACAAGACUUCUCAUGUCUGGAGAGGUGAGAGCAAUCGAUUGUUAAACUGUGCUGCUUGUUUUCAUGUGUGUGUUCUUAUACUUGAUUGUGACAGUGAAAAGUAG